AUCUUCUUCUUAUGAUUUUUCAACUUAUUACAAAACAAAGAUAGCAAAAAAAAAAAAAAACACAAAUCUUCAAAGUUGCAGUCUCAGGUGGUUCUCAGUUAAUGCUAACGCGUAAUGGCUGAAUCUAUCUCCCAAUUUCGAUAACCUCUGCUGAGGCAUCCAAGUGUUGAAGGGAGAGGAAGAGCCUACGCAGAAGAAAGGUUGGUCAGAGUCGCUGCUAGAAUUUCGUUCAGAGGUUGGGGAAAAGAUGAAAUUUGUGUCAAAGAAACGAUGGAAGUCUCUUGGACCUCUUCAUCUGAAAAGCAAAUCAGUUGCUCGGUUUUGCUUCUUUUCGAAAUUGAAGUCAAACAACCAUGGUCCAGGCCGUGCACCAGUCUAUCUCAAUGUUUAUGACUUGACACCUAUUAACGGAUAUAUCUAUUGGGCUGGCCUUGGUAUAUUCCACUCUGGUGUUGAAGUUCAUGGAGUAGAGUAUGCUUUUGGUGCCCAUGAUUAUCCAACCAGUGGUGUUUUUGAGGUUGAACCAAGGCAAUGCCCGGGCUUCAAAUUCAAGAAAUCGAUAUUCAUUGGAACCACAAAUUUAAACCCAGCACAAGUUAGAGAGUUUAUGGAGGACAUGGCUUGUAGUUACUAUGGGAAUAUGUAUCACUUGAUUGCUAAGAACUGCAACCACUUCUGCCAGGACGUUUGUUACAAGCUUACCGGCAAAAAGAUCCCAAAAUGGGUGAAUCGGCUUGCACAAAUAGGGUCUGUGUGCAGCUGCAUACUUCCCGAGUCCCUCAAGAUAACAGCGGUUUGCCACGAUCCAGACGGGCAAAUCCCAGAAGAGGAAAAUGAAAAGCGAAGUCUUAGAAGCUCAUUCAGCUGUUUAUCCUCCAUCUCCAUGAGACAAAAACAGCUUUCAACAUCCUCAUUGUUCCUACAAUCACCUCUUAGAGGCUGCUUACCUCCAUGGCAACUCAAACGCUCGAAAUCUAACAGCAGUUCCUUGAAAGAAAGGUAGAAAAAUCCAACGGUUUCUCAUUCGUUACCUUAGCAACACGCUCCACGGUUUAUCUUUGUAAGGGAGUUCGAAAACAGAGUUCCCGAACCAUCAUCAGUCUCUUCCAUCUCUCAUUUUAUUUUUAACAGGCUUUUACAAGCCAUUCUUCUUCUUCCUCUACUCUCUGCUUGUAUUGCUUCCAAAUUUGAAUCUUUUAAAAUCAUGUAUUUGUCUCUCAACUCUGUUUAUAUAUCUAAAUUAGCUUAUCUUA